GCACACAUAAUUUUUUUUUUGGAUCAAGACACAAGAAAAACACAUCACAACAGCUCAAAUAUUGAAAUAAAAAAUAACACAACAUAAAAUAGAAAAAAAAACGAAAACAGACACUACAGCAAAAGAUAAAAAGUAAUAAAACUAUUGUAUGUGCAUUGAGAAGCACAAAUCAACAAUACUUUCAAUAAAAAUAUACAUUUCCGAUGAAUAAAAACACUCGUCCGACUACAAAAAUAUAAAGUGAGCUCAGAAAAAUAUUUCCAAAGGCGAUAAACUUUUAUAAACGGACAAAUAUUUCGUUAUUGGAUUUUAUCCUGAGCUAUCGUUUUACAAAUAAGUUAUGCUAAUUGAAUUGUGCUCUGAUUUGAAGUUUUUUAAGAUAGUUUGCAGUAACAAAUAAUUUUGAAGAUAUCAGAACCUAAAUCAAUAAUUUAAAUGUGUAAAAUUGUGAUAUAAAAAACGAAAUUUGAAAAUAUUAGAACUAAGAUAAAGUUGUGCAAAGAGAUAAAGUUACAAAAAAAUUCAAGAGUAUAAAUAAAAAUUACGUGACAAUUUCAAGAACUCAAAACGAAUUAGUUUUUAAAAAGUGUUGUCAAACAAUAAUUCUGGUUUUAUAUUUUUGAAAUACAAACAUUCAAUUUGAAAAAUUUCUAUAUCAUGAUGAUGGCAACACAUCCACAUUAUGGAUUUCUGCCAGGUGGAUUACAAAUGCCACAACAUGGUGACUAUGCGCCGCAACCGUCGCAAUCACCGAACGAUCAUUUGUCAAUUAAACGUGAACCAAACAAUUAUCAGUCGGCAAAUGGUAUGAUUCACUCAUCGAGUAUGGGUCAAUCACCACCAAAUAAUAAUUUAACUGGUGUUCAAAUGUCUCCAGGCGGUGAUGGUCACAUCAAACGGCCAAUGAAUGCAUUUAUGGUGUGGUCUCGUUUGAAGCGUCGUCAAAUUGCCAAAGACAAUCCAAAAAUGCAUAAUUCCGAAAUUUCAAAACGUUUGGGGGCCGAAUGGAAACUUCUGACUGAGGAUGAUAAGCGUCCAUUUAUUGAUGAAGCGAAACGUUUGCGCUCCGAACAUAUGAAAGAUCAUCCGGAUUAUAAAUAUCGGCCAAGAAGAAAGCCAAAGAAUCCAUUGUCAGCUACAAAUGGUGCGGUUGGUUUAUCGAGUUUGGGGGGAAUUUCAAGUACUGGCAAAGGUCACAUAAGCGCUACAUACAAUCCAUUUCAUCAGCUAUCAGUACCACCAUAUUUUGCACCAUCGCAUGCUCUCGAACAGUAUCCAUACUUUAGUGGUUUCGACCCAUUAACAUUAUCAAAGUUCCAUCAAUCUCAGAAUGCAAGCACAGUACAACCAACCGCAUUAGAAGCACAAAAAGCGCCACAGCUACCUCCAACCUCACUGGGUUCAUUUUACUCGGGCAUCUAUUCGGGUAUGUCAGCCGCCGCAGCUCCAUUGUAUGCUGCACAUGCAGCCAGCAGCAUUUAUACGUCAUCAACAUCAUCUACAUCUCCCGGCUCAAGUCCUGGUAUUGGCAACGGUAGCCACAAUAAUCAAACGAAUGGAAACACAAACACAUCAAAUAUGGAUGUUAUGGAUAUACGAAGACCGGUACAAGUGAUUUACUAAAACCCACUUUGACUGUUAAUUGAACAAUAUGAAAUAAUAAAGAGUAAAAAUCCCGCAAGAGAACAUUAGUUUUGUUUGGAUGAUAUUCAUCAGCACUCAUGAUCUUCAAAAAAAAAACCAUCCAUACAAAACAUUAGUAGAAAAAUAGCAAUAUCCAUACGUGAAAUGUUCUCAUCGUUGUUGUCAUUUGCUGUCGAACGUUAUGGAAAACAUUGUACAAACAAAUAGGAACACUUUCGAUGGCGAAGAAAAACAAUGGUAGUUUCAGAGGACGCAGACAACAGACUAUAUGAACACAACCAUAAUUUAUUAGAAUGUAACGGAAAAUCUUUAUUAUUCUAGAGCAAGAAAAAAAAACUAAGUAAUAAUUUCUAUGUAACAUACUAUAUAUAUAUAUUGAGAAAUCAUAAGAAAAUCUACGUUUUAUUUUAUAUUUUCAAUGAAAACACUACAAAAUUUUAAUAAAUACGAUUCGAAAAAAAAACAUUCCACACAUAUACACUCACAUUAAAACGAAAAAAUCGAUUUAAAUAUAAAAGGCCCAAAAAUGAUUGCACUGGCAUCAAAGAAAAAUGAACAAAUAAAAUAAAAUAAAUAUUCCUCAAAAAAUAGAAUAGAAGAAGUAAGAAAUCAAGAAGUAAAUAAGCCACAAAACUCUCAAAAAAAUUUAUAAUAAUGUUUUAAUUUUAUCGAUGAAACAGUCUUCUUUUCACGAAACGGUGCGCAUUAAUUGAUUUGUGUUGUUCUUGUGUUUUAAUUAAAAUGUGAUAAGAAUCGAUGAAAAUCGCUCACAAAUGGAAAAAAUAUAAGAUUUCAGUAUUAUCAUAUGUUUAUUCAUGGUGACAUUUUUUUAGCAAAUUUUCAGUUCUUCUAGGCAGCAGAAAAUAAG